ACGUUUCCCCCCGUGCACGAUGGACAGACACAACAUUGGGGAAGAAAAGCUUAUAGCACCGACUGAUUUCAUGCCAUCGACGGGUUCAAGGCAGGUCCAAGAGGAUCUGGUACCGCCGUCGCAUUUCGCUUCCUGUUUCCCUUCUACUGGAGCAAACAGGGGCGUUCAAAUACAAGGAGCACCCCCAACACCAAUUUCUUGGAUGAACCCGCGUGUACCAACAGUAACCUUACCAGCAGCAGACAGGAGCGCAGCCAAUCCAUGGCUCGCUAUCACGCAGGCUCAGCGGGAAAUCUUGGAACUGAGGAAGGAAAAUCAAAAGAUCAUGAUGUUACAAGGGGACAACAUACGAGGAAGAGUCUCUGUGGAGCAGUCCUCAGACCUCAGGGCACGAUCUGCAGAGAGAAGUGAGCAGUGGUCCAGAUGGGACUCAGAGUGGCAUCUAGAGGCACAGAAGCACAAGACUGAGUCUGAGAGGUUGAAGGGGCAAGUGGAGGUCCUCAAAGAAAGUGCAAGGAGACAUAGAGAAGAAAUGAGAGACAGAGACAGCACCGUGAGCAGACAGAGCCAUGAGCUGGAAGAAAUGCGCGAAGAGCUUUGCAAGGCCAAGUCUGAACUCACCCAGCUCAGGGAGGAGCUCGUUCACAGCAAUGCACAGAAAGACAAAAUAAGCUCAAGGCUUGAAAGAGUAACAAGGGAGUCUGCCGAGGAAAUCGCAAUGCUCUGCAGAGAUGUAGAGAGGAGCAAAGAGGAAGCCCAGGAGCUUGCUAUAAGGGCUGAAAUGACCAGGUUACAGGCUGAGGAGGAGGCUAAGCAGCAGACGUAUAAACUGUCAGAACAGCUGGAGGAUAUGCAGAGGAAGCAGGAACUGGAGCUGCAACAGUUGAGUGAUUCUCACAGUGCAAAGUUAGAUGCAGCAAGACAAACAAACACUGAGCUACAGGACAGACUUCAGUCCAUGACCUCAGAAAUGCUGCAGCUAAAAAGCACUCUGAUGGCAGUAUCUACUGAAAGAGAUGGGCUAAAAGACCAUUUGAGCAAAAUGGGACAAGCCUUUGAAACACAAUCUGUAACACUGCACAGCCUCAGAAAUUACAUCGGCCAGGUUGCCCCAGAGAAUGGAGAGAAGGAACAAUUAAAUGACGCUGUUAAGAAAUUGAACAAAGAGAAAGCAGCUCUUCAAAAGACCACAGAGCUUUUGACAGUCAGACUCACCUCCUUGAAUGAAAUACUCACCCUCCAAGAAGAAAAAAUUGUGAAGAAGACCUCGACAGACCCACUUAUGAAGAAUAGAUCCGAAGGCCUUCAGGUGCUUCAGCUGUGGAGAGAGAAAGUGUUCAAGCUAUGCGUCCAGCUUCGCACAAAGGACAUUGAACUAAGAGGAGAAAAGGAUAAACUACUCGCAAAAGUUGCAUUCAUGGAGCAGCAGCUCCAACAGGAGCAGCAUCGUGCUAAUGUGCUCCAACACGGUUUGGACGACAAGGUAGCUGAACUGGACCUAGGGAAAGUAGAAAUGGAGACUUUGAAACAGGAGUUGGCUCAGGUUCAAAAGGAAAACUUUCAACUGAAGUCAAAGAGCCAGAAAGUGGAAGCUCAACUUAAAAGCCUGACAGAGACGGCGCAGAGAUGUAGUCUGGCAUUUGCAAACAAGGUGGCAGAAAUGGACGCAGCUCAAUCAAGGCUCAACGCUUUUACCCAGAGGCUAACUUUUGCUAAUAGACGAGUGGAGACAAUCCAAGGUUUGUUAAUGAGGAGGGCGGCUCUACAAAAAGUUCAGCAGGCCAGUAAACUGACAGAACAAGCUUCUGACAGCAUCGCAAACCUCCGGACUGAGCUUAGUUUGGUGUGUGAAGAGAGAGACAAACUCACACAGGAGCUCAAAAGAACCCCGGAGCUCAUAGAGAAAACUCUUGUGGACCUUAGAGAACAGUAUGAAGGCAAACUGAAGCAGCAGCAGCAGGACCUAGAGCAGCGCUGUAUGGAAGUCCGGCUGGCUGUGGCUGGCAGAGAGGCGGCGGAGCAGGGCCUGCAGCAGGUUCAGGCCCAGCUGGAGGAAAGCAGGGUCAACCUGGAAAAACUGUGCACUGAGUUGCUCAUCCAGCAGGAGCAAAGUGAGAGGGCCCUGCAGGAGAGAGUAUCUGAGAUUGAGGAUCGCUGUGGUGAGAAGCUGAGAGAGAUGGAGGUUCAAGUCAGUACAGCCCGGAGAGAGCACACCAAAGCAGUUAUGACUUUGCGGCAUUUUGAGAGAGAGGCAGCAAGAAAACAGUCGGAGAUGACAGAAACUCACACAAAGAAGGAGCAUCAGAGUAUACAGCCCAAGGAGAUGUGCAAAACCCUGCCGGCCACUUCUGCUGAAGGAGGGAGGACGAGUGAGGAUAAAAUUCACACGACUCUUGAAAGCCUCGCAACUCCCAGGGAACAGCAACAAAAACAUUCAGAGUGGAGCUGCUCUGUAGAGGCACAAGUCCAGCUACCUGCAGAUGAGAGACUUCUGUCUGUUUUGGAGGAGCUCCACACUCUCAGUGCUGCAGUGGUAAACAGCUCUGAGGACUCUGCAGAUGAGGAGGAGCAGAAUAACUUGCUGCACAGUUGAAACAUGUACAGUAGAUGGGGGCAGUGAACACACUUUUACUUUAUGCAAAAGGUGAGCAAUGAUGAUGCUUUAGCUUUAAACUUGACGUUUUUAAAAAUGUUAUAAAUACAUGUUACAGUUUUUAUAAUAAAUAUUAUUAUAAUUAAUAUACGACUCAUAAAUAAACUCUGUUGAUUCCACAAUGGACUGAAAUAUUAAAUUCUUAGACUGUGUCUAACUGUAAUAACGUAUUUUUUUAUUGCAAAGUACUGCUAUAAUGUUUAUUACAAAUAAAUCUUAGGAUUUGAAGUCUUC